GGAGAGGGGAGGGAGCUGGUCCAAGCCCGGAUUGCGCACCCAGCCAGCGCUGAGCAGUGCCUGUGCCAAGAGCCGGCUUCCUUAAAGCCAUGGGCCCGGGGGCCGGCCCCGCAGGCGGAGGGGAGCCGGCGAGCAGGGGCCGGAAAGCAGAGAGGGGAGCCCUCGGUCCCCGGGGUCACCAUGGACAUAAUUUACCUGCGCACAUCCCUGACCUUCCUUCUUCUCCCUCUUGUGUUUGGGGCACCCACUGAUGAACCCAAUCUCAAAGAACCAGCCCCUGGUGCUUGCAAGCGCUGUUGUGACCCACUGGACUCUUCCACAGAUGCCCGACCACUCCCUCCCAGCCACCACCACUUUCCCUACCCAAUGCCAGAGGUCCGUCCCUAUAUCAACAUCACCAUACUGAAGGGAGAGAAAGGAGACCGAGGAGAGCCUGGAAUGCCAGGGAAAUGGGGCAAAGAAGGACCACGAGGCGAGCGGGGUGCCCAGGGCCAGAAAGGCAGUAAAGGACAGAUGGGCACAGCGGGAGACCCCUGCAAGCAUCAGUACGCUGCAUUCUCCGUUGGUCGCAAGAAAGCUCUGCACAGCAGUGAGGGCUUCCAGGUCCUGAUCUUCGACACCGUCUUUGUCAACCUCUACAGCCACUUUGACAUGUUCAAUGGCAAAUUCUACUGCUCAGUGGGUGGACUUUACUACUUCAGCCUCAAUGUCCACACCUGGAACUUCAAGGAGACCUAUAUGCACAUCAUGCACAAUGAAGAAGAGGCAGUAAUCUUGUAUGCCCAACCCAGUGACCGCAGCAUCAUGCAAAGCCAGAGCCUCAUGCUAGAGCUUCAGGAAAAUGAUGAGAUCUGGGUGAGGCUCUACAAGCGGGAGCGGGAGAAUGCCAUUUACAGUGAUGAUGUUGAUGUGUACAUCACCUUUAGUGGGUACUUGGUCAAGCCUAGUCUUGAAUAACUGCCUCUCCUCUUCCUUGGGGCCUCUUUGGCCUUUUCCUUCUUCCUCUCUCUCUCUCUCUCUCUCUCUCUCUCUCUUCUGCCCAUAAACACUGCAAAUCACUUGGAAAUGGGCCUGUCGAGUCUCAGGCACUGAGUGUGAAACUUGCCACACCAGCUCCCACCUCAUGCCCUCUUGUAGCCAGACUUGUGUCUGUCCACUUACAUCGUGACACUGCCAUCUCUCACGCCUCACCUCCUAAACCAUCUUAGGUUAUUGGCUUCUUCCCAAUCUGCCAGCAAGUUGCCUCUGGAAUUUGCAGUCCCAGAGCAAGAAGAAAGCUAAAAUGCUGCUGCUGGGGAUGUGUCCCUCUUUGGGGCUUCAUUCACAAAGGACUCCUGUAGAAAGGCCUAGAAAGUCCCCACUACCCAUGUACAUCUUGACUCCUCUCUUUCCCAACUAGACAUAUCAGUUUUGCAGCCUGAAACAUGGUCUUAAUGUCACCUCUGACACCUGUAGUCCGGAAAGCAGACUGGGGUCUGAUGGUCUCCUGUAGCACAAGAAAGUUGUAGAACCGGUAAGAGGAUAGUGUCUUUCCAAAAAGGGAACUGUUGGCCUUCUGUGUCACUGGCUAUCCUUAGACACCCUUCUGUGUCACAGAGUCCAGGUUGGUUGUCAAAUCUAGGCCUGAUGGGAUUGUCCUUCUCUGUGCCAGCUCUAGCUCUUUGAAGAGAUAAAGGGCCAGACACUUGGCCAGACCCUUCAUGCACAUCUGCUGUUGAAUCAGUAGAGCCCACCAUUCCGUUACCACUACAGAUCACAAGUAAAGAAGGAGAGAGAAAGAGAGAGAAAAAGAGAGAGAGACAACUCUCGAAAACCUCCCUCCCACACCUCCCCUGGUGUGCUACUCGGUCUUGGCUCCCCGGCUGUGGAAAGCUAGUCUAGAUAGUGAACUCGAAUCUGCUCUCUUCUUUGGCAGAGGUGCCAUUUUGUUGUCCUCCUGAAGGUGGUUCUCCCACACUGGUAUUCAAGGACUGCUGUUUCAGGACCUGAGCUUGAGACUGGAGGGGCAAUUGCAAUUAAGUCAAUUCCAAACCUGGAUAGGCUCCCACCUCUUUGCCUCUGUGAUGGAAAAGAGAUAGAGGUGAGACUACAGCACCUCAUCCCAGGGUUAAAAGCUUCCCUGCCUUACACUCUGUGCCCUUUUCUGGCAAUCUCAUCAGAGCAACUUAGAAAAGCAUGUGACUAAAACAAACCCUCGCUCUUCUUGUCAGGUUGGAGAUGUUGCAGUGAGAAAGGAAUGUCAGUGGUUGGGUUUUCUAUUACUAUUUAUACUCGUCUCACACUGCUCUCACUUGCAUCCCUCUGUGGGAUAUGCUACAGUCUUGUUGGGAGCAGGUGAGGCUGGCUCAGCACUUUAGGAAACCUACUUCCACAUGUUGUAAUGCUUCCAUAAACUCCCAAGAGUUGUCUCUUUUUUGAGUAUCAGGGCAGGACAAGCAGGAGAAACUGUAUUUCUCUUCUGCCCAUCACUGCUAAUGAAAUCUUCUGAUUUACCUAGCUUCUACAGUCUCUUGAUUAACCACGAUCUUUGCCUAUAGCACCUGGGACUACCAGAGCUCUCCCAUAGGAGAUGUGCACCAUUAUACAGGACUAGGUCUGGUACACUCAGCUGGAGAUGGCAAAGCAACAGGGACCCAGGCCAAAUAUUAAAAAUGAACUUGAGAAAAUUGCAGGACAUUUUCUCUCUUGUCCUGUUUACUUACCCUCCCUUCUUUGCUAAGGAAGCUGUACAGACUGUAACGAGCUUCAGGAACUUUCUGCUAUGGAUCCUACCCACCACUGUCAUUGAGGCAAUGGGUAUAAAAACAAGGUUUCUCUGAGGCAAACCUGUUUUUUUCACAGAGAAACAUUGAUGAUGGGAUCAUGGGAACUAAGGGAGACUAUGAGUUUCUUUCCCUCCCUUAGCAGGUCAAGUGUGUGAAAUUGCUCAGAGAGAGGAUUUCAGACAGCACAGAGGAAGCAGCGUGCUGGCAGUGAUGCUCAGGACCAAAUUUCUUUCUCUCUUCCUCAACAGGCUGCAAAUGAGAUAUUGUCUCUUUACAGUGUAUUGAGCCUCACACCUCCCUGAAGCGAAGAAAGUCUCUCUAACACUGAAUAUCUCCAGAAACAAGCUUCAUUCUUCCUCCUUUUUCUAUUUAGUGAUUGAAUGCUGGUAACAGGUCUCAUGUGCUACCCAUGAGCAGCCAGAUGGUGCCUGAUGCACAUGAGAGAGGAGGGCAAGGGGACCAAAGGGUGUGUUUAACAGGCUUCUUGGUGCUAAAUAAGACAACAUUCCCUUGGUGCUAAAUCAGAUUUCAGGAGUAUUGGGUGCUUUCUGGAAGGUGUAGGCUGAGUUGUGAUGUACUCUGGAAUUAAUGGUGCUUUAUAUUACAAA